CACCACAGAACCCUCUUUUUUCUUCCAAGUGUUUUGCCCCAAUCAAUUGGUAAAAAACAACUCUGGAUUCUGGUUUUCCCAGUUGAUCACCCCUCAUCAUGGACGCUGUCCUUCGUCAAUCCAAGGCUAUGUGCCCCUUCUUGAAGAAGGCCUCCCCCGCCACCCUCCGCGCUCUGUCCACCUCGACCCGUCCCCAAACUUCUCCAUGCGGUGGCACCAUCUCCAAGUUGCAGCUGCUCGGCCAGCGCUGCCCUGUCAUGGGCAAGGCGCUGGCCAUACAGUCUGCUAGAGGAGUUGGAAGGACUCCAAUUGGUAGCGCUUCUACCGCUAUGGCAGGGAUUCGUCAUCACUCCGCUUCGUCAAAGCCGGGUAGAGCUAGAAUUCACACCAGCCGCUCUCACGAAGCCAGAGCUGUUGACACCUCUGUGUUUCCUCGCGAAUCAGUGCAAUUCCCACCAGCCGUUCACGCCAAUCGCAAAGCCAAUGCGCCUACUCGGGUUGGGGAGUCUCGUGGCGCAAAUGCCAAAUUCGAUUACGAUGGCUUCUAUCAGGGGGAGCUUGACAAAAAACACAAGGAUAAGUCGUAUCGUUACUUCAACAACAUCAAUCGGUUAGCCAAGGAGUUUCCUCAGGCUCACGGGGCUAAGAGGGAGGAGCGAGUAACCGUGUGGUGCUCUAAUGAUUACCUGGGAAUGGGCCGGAACUCUCAGGUUUUGCAACAGAUGCACGAGACUUUAGAUGAAUAUGGUGCUGGAGCAGGCGGGACGAGAAAUAUCUCCGGCCACAACAGACAUGCAGUCGAACUCGAGGGAGCUAUAGCAAAGCUGCACUCUAAAGAGGCAGCACUUGUCUUUAGUUCCUGCUACGUCGCUAACGAUGCGACUCUUGCGACUCUCGGGAGCAAGCUACCGGAAUGUGUCAUUUUAUCUGACAGUCUGAAUCAUGCGUCCAUGAUCCAGGGUAUUCGCCAUUCUGGAACCAAGAAGAUUGUCUUCAAACAUAAUGACUUAGAAGACCUCGAAGCUAAACUGGCUUCUCUACCGCUCGAUGUGCCUAAGAUCAUCGCAUUUGAGUCCGUUUACAGCAUGUGCGGUUCAAUCGGACCGAUCGAAGGGAUAUGUGAUCUUGCCGAUAAAUAUGGUGCUAUCACAUUUCUCGACGAAGUUCAUGCAGUUGGCAUGUAUGGCCCGAGCGGCGCCGGUGUUGCUGAGCAUCUUGAUUUCGAGGCCCACCAACAGGGUAAACCCCAAGGAACUAUUAUGGAUCGAAUAGAUAUUAUAACUGGAACUCUUGGCAAGGCGUAUGGAUGUGUCGGUGGUUACAUUGCGGGAAGCGCGAAGCUUGUGGAUAUGAUUCGGUCCCUUGCUCCAGGCUUCAUUUUCACGACCUCUCUUCCGCCGGCUACUAUGGCAGGCGCCACAGCUGCCAUCGAAUAUCAGAUGGAUUAUAAUGGAGACAGAAGACUCCAACAACUCCAUACGCGUGCUGUUAAAGAAGCAUUAGAUGCUAGGGACAUCCCUGUCAUCCCUAACCCUUCACAUAUCGUUCCGAUUUUGGUCGGAAAUGCUGAGCUUGCAAAGCAAGCCUCAGAUAUGUUGCUCAACGAUUACCAAAUUUACGUACAGUCUAUUAACUACCCAACCGUACCAGUUGGUCAGGAGCGCUUAAGAAUCACUCCGACCCCAGGUCACACCAAGGAAUAUCGUGAUCAACUCGUCGACGCUGUCGAUGAGAUCUGGUCAAAGCUUGGUAUCAAGCGAACCUCCGAGUGGGCGGCUGAGGGCGGUUUCAUCGGUGUUGGUGAAGCCGGAGUCAACGUUCAGGAUCCUCUGUGGACUGACGAACAACUUGGAAUCGAUCAGGAAGUCGCCAAUGAAAUCAAGAAGUCUAAGCCAGCCAAUGGCUUCAUGGAAACUCUUCUCGAACGCGAGAACCUGGCUAAGGCCGUGAGCACGACUGCCUAAUCGUAUUCUUAGUCUCAUUGGAGACGGAUACGCAUCGCAAAAGGGGAGCUCAUCGGACCUAAACCACGUUCUUUCGAGCGUAGCGGGAGAUUUGGAAAGACUGCGAUCUUCACAUCUGAUCUGAUUCGAAUUUUAACUCGUGCUGUGU